AUGGCAGGUUUCUGUCGAAAAUCGCUCUUGACGGCUGUUCUCGUUCUCUGCAUUGUUCUUCAAUUAAGUUGGAUUACUGUUGGAGAUAAUAGCAGGCUUGAGGAGGCUAGGUUCAGAGACGGUGGCUGCCGAUUUGGACCUGGACCACGCUGCAGAGGUUGGUUUGGUCCUCGUGGGCCUCGCGGCCCUCGCGGUGGAGGAGGUGGAUUUGGUGGUGGUCCUCGGGGAGAAGUCGGAGGAGGAGGAGGGGGUUUUGGUGGCGGAGGAGGCAUUGGUGCUGGUGGAGGUGGGGGUAGAGGAGGUGGCGGUGGAUUGGGUGGGGCUUCAGGACACGGUGGAGGCUUUGGAGCUGGAGGUGGUGUCGGGGGAGGUUCUGGAGGCAUAGGUGGUGGCGGUGGGGGAGGAGGUGGAGGUUCUGGAGGCACGGGUGGUGGGGGUGGAGGUGGGGGAGGGGGAGGAGGUGGUGGCGGUGGUUUGGGUGGCGGUUGGGGACAUGGUGGAGGCUUUGGAGCUGGAGGUGGUAUAGGUGGAGGUUCUGAAGGCACAGGAGGUGGUGGGGGAGGGGGAGGUGGCGGUGGUGGUUUGGGUGGCGGUUCAGGACAUGGAGGAGGCUUUGGAGCUGGGGGUGGUGUUGGUGGAGGCGCAGGGGGCUUAGGUGGCGGUGGUGGGAGAGGAGUAGGGGAUGGUAGGGGCAGAGGAAUAGGAGGAGGGGGAGGAUUUGGAAUAGGAAUCGGGAUUGGAAUAGGAGUAGGAGCUGGCAAUGGCCAUGGAUCUGGCACGGGCUCUGGCAGUGGCGGCGGCGGUCGACAUUAA